GAGGGCUGGGCAGCGCCUCGCUGUAAGGCGAGCCCGACUGCGGCGGAAGGGAGGCCGGGCGGAGGGAAGAGGGAGGUCGCGCGCUGCCUCCUCCAGUGCUAAGGCCCGGCGUUCCCGGAGGUGAGCUCGAGUGGAGCCUCAAAAGACUCGCGGGCACCAGGGAAGACUACUGCACACCCGAAGUCUUCCGAGUUUCCAGGGAGCGAAGGAGGGCGGGCGAGGAAAGGCGGGACUCAGGGCCCCGCAACCACUCGAACGCCUUCGGCCUCUCUCGACUAUACCCCCGCUAGCCUCCGCGGUCCUUGCAGACCCGAUCCGGAAACAACCGAGCGGAUCCGGAAACAACCGAGCGGACCCGGAAGCGGGAGUGCCAUUACCAGUGAGUGCGGGAAUCCGCCGUUUGGGCUGAGACGAUGGCAGCAGCUGCGCCAGCAACCCUAGGUGAGGACCGGAGGCACCGGCGGCCAGUGGCCGCGCCAGAUCCCCAGCCCCAAGAGGAGCAAAAUGAUACAUCCGAGUCAAGUGAGCUCUGCCGGCUUCGUGCUGAACUGGCCGGUGCACUGGCAGAAAUGGAGACCAUGAAGGCUGUGGCGGAGGUGAGCGAGAGCACCAAGGCGGAGGCGGUGGCUGCAGUGCAGAGACAGUGCCAAGAGGAGGUGGCUUCCCUACAGGCCAUCUUGAAAGACUCCAUCAGCAGCUACGAGACCCAGAUCGCAGCCCUGAAACAGGAGCGGCAGCAGCAGCAGCAGGACUCUGAGGAGAAGGAGCGAGAACUAGGCCACCUCAAACAGCUGCUGGCCCGGGCCCACCCCUUGGACUCCUUGGAGAAGCAGAUGGAAAAGGCUCAUGAAGACUCAGAGAAGCUCCGGGAGAUUGUGGUACCCAUGGAGCAGGAGAUUGCAGAGCUGAAGGUGAAGCUGCUGAGGGCGGAAGAGCUGAUCCAAGAGAUCCAGAGACGACCAAGGCAGUCUGCCUCCCUGCACGGCUCCACGGAGUUGCUUCCACUAUCAGGGAACCCCUCGCCCCCACUGGAACCCUUGGAGGAGCCAAGCGGAGAUGCAGGCCCAGCUGCUGAGGCCUUUGCCCACAACUGCGAUGACAGUGCCUCCAUCUCUUCCUUCUCCCUCGGUGGAGCAGCCGGUAGUACCUCCCUGCGAGGCCCUCAGGGCCUCAGCCCUGAGCAGGAGGAGACAGCUUCUCUGGUGUCUACUGGCACUCUGGUCCCAGAGGGCAUCUACCUACCCCCUCCUGGGUACCAGCUUGUUCCAGAUAGCCAGUGGGAGCAGCUGCAGCUAGAGGGGCGGCAGCUGCAGAAGGACCUGGAAAGUGUCAGCCGUGAGCGGGACGAGCUGCAGGAGGGACUGAGGAAGAGCAAUGAGGACUGUGCCAAGCAAAUGCAGGUGCUCCUGGCCCAGGUGCAGAACUCAGAGCAGCUGCUUCGAACUCUGCAAGGAACCGUGAGCCAGGCCCAAGAGCGUGUGCAGCUGCAGAUGGCAGAACUGGCCACUUCUCACAAGUGCCUGCACCAUGAGGUUAAAAGGCUAAAUGAAGAAAAUCAAGGGCUGCGGGCUGAGCAGCUGCCACCCUCCACCCUCCAGGGCCCGAGGCAGUGGGAGGACAAGGGUGAGGCGCUCCCAAACUCCGUACAGGAGCUGCAUCUGCUGGUGCAGAAUACCCAGCAACAGGCGCGUGCGCGGCAACAGGCACAGGAGCACGAGGCUGAGCGCCUGCGCAUUGAAAUCGUGAAGCUGCGGGAGGCCCUGGAGGAGGAGACAGUAGCCAAGGCUAGCCUGGAGGGACAGCUGAGGGUGCAGCGAGAAGAGACAGACGUGCUAGAGGCAUCCCUGUGCAGCCUGAGGAUAGAGACAGAGCGGGUCCAGCAAGAACAAAACAAGGCCCAGCUCACAGACCUCCUCUCCGAACAGAGGGCUAAGGCGCUGCGGCUGCAGGCCGAGCUGGAGACCAGCGAACAGGUGCAGAGGGACUUCGUGCGACUGUCCCAGGCCCUACAGGUGCGCCUGGAGCAGAUCCGCCAAGCAGAGACUCUGGAGCAAGUGCGCAGCAUCCUGGACGAGGCACCCCUCAGGGACAUCAGGGACAUUAAGGACUCCUGAGGGGCCAGACGAUUAGCUUUCCUGCUGGUAAAGCUGCCCCUUUCUGCACCAAAACUGUGAGGCAUGGACUACAGGUCUCAGAAUGGAGCCCACCCGCUCCAAACCUGGCUGGUGGUGUCCCCAGGGCCACUACUUCCACCGAGGGUGGCUGGCCUGCUUCAGGCAUGAUACCUGGAUGAGGGUCCCAAGGUGCAGGCUGAGCCCUGCAGCUCUCAGGCUGCCCCCUCAGGCCAGCAGCCAGUCCCGCUCUGUGGCAUGUCCAGCUUGUGGCUAGAAGCUUGUUGGACGCAGCGGGCUCCUCACACACAGGCCCUGGGACACACAGCUGCUUUCCGGGCUAGAGGACACUAAGGUAUUUGUCCACCUGAAAUAGAUCCCAAGAAAUAUGGAGGCGAGGCCAGACUUUUCUGUCAUUUAUUUUCAAUAAAUAAGCAGCUCAGCUCA